GAAUGUUCCCUCCACCGGCAUUGGGUUUAUUACUCUCCAUCGUAUAUGUAAUUUAUUGUUUUGUUAGUUAUGUCAAAACUUGUGAUAAUUGAUAAUGAUUGUGGCAUUGAUGAUGCAUGGGCAUUGAAUUUUUUACUGAAUUUGGACAAAAGUAUUAAAAUAUUAGCCAUAACAUGCGUUGAUGGUAAUACUGGUGUUGAUAAUGUGAUUAAAAAUAAUUUGUAUUUUUUAAAAAUGGCUGGAAGAUGUGAGAUCCCUGUUUAUAGAGGUGCAGCAUCUCAUUUAUUGCCUGGAAAUGACCAUAGUGUAGCUCCAUCUCACACAUACUUCCAUGGUAUAAAUGGAUUCGGUGAUGUAAGUUUGCCUGAUUUACCUGAUGUAUGUCAAGAAAAGGAAGAAAAUGCUGUAGCUAUUUUAAAUGAAUUAACCUCAAAGCAUAAAGGAGAAAUAAGUAUUAUCUGCUGUGGCCCGUUAACCAAUGUUGCUCUUGCUCUAAGGACUUAUCCUCAUUUUAAAGAAAAUGUUAAAGAUUUGUACAUAAUGGGGGGAAAUUAUACAGGGAAGGGUAAUAUAACUAUGACUGCUGAAUUUAAUUUUUAUUGGGAUCCUGAAGCUGCUUUUAUUGUUUUAUCUGAAUUAGAAAAUAAGAUUGUACUACUUCCUUGGGAAACUUGUCUUAGUGUAAAUGUGCCUUUUAAAUGGAGAGAAGAACUUGGCAGUAAUGGUGGGAAAUUAAUGUCACUUUUAAAUAAAAUUGAAGAACCAAUUGUGUUGAGGACCUCAAAACUUGGAUACACGCACUGGAUUUCUGCUGAUCAACUACUUGCUGCUAUUUUUAUCAACAAAGAUUUAAUCAAAGAAUCCAGAUCUGUUCAUGCAACAGUGGAAUUAAUGGGUUUACUAACCAGAGGACAAGUUGUUAUAGACCACUUGAAUGUGCACAAACCCAAUAUAAUGCUUAUAACAGAAGUGGAUACUGAUUUGUAUAAAGAAAUGCUUCUGACAUUAAAAAAAUUCUAAUAAUUUAUUUUUGAAUUAUGUUCAUUUUUAUUUUCCUAUGAUAAAAUUUUAAUUUAUUCUUACCUUUAAUAG